ACCUAACUCCCACCCCAGGGCAACGGGCUGGGGCAGAGGCGGUGUCGGGAGAAGGCGGGAAGCUGCAGGUCCCGCCCCAGAGGAGACUUCCUGGUGGGCGGAUACCCCGGUGAGCCGCAGCCGCGGCGGGGGGACCCCGGCGCCAUGGCGGGCACGCGGGACGCCAUCCUGGAUGCGCUGGAGGAGCUGACCGCUGAUGAGCUCAAGAAGUUCAAGCUGAAGCUGCUCUCCGUGCACCUGCGCGACGGCUACGGGCGCAUCCCGCGGGGGGCACUGCUGCCCAUGGACGCCGUGGACCUGGCCGACAAGCUCGUCAGCUGCUACCUGGAGGCCUACGCCGCCGAGCUCACGGCCCAGGUGCUGCGCGACAUGGGCAUGCAGGACACCGCGGAGCGGCUGCAGGCCCCGGCCCGGGCCCGGGGCUCUGGAGCCGGGCCAGCAGGGAUCCAGGCCUCUCCUCCCCAGGUGCCAGCCAUACCAGGUGAGGCCUUCACACCCAAACUCACCUUCCUGGGCGCCUCACCAGCCUCACCGACCACACCCCUGCACAGCCUAUCUGCCACCAGAACACUCGCAUUGGGAGAGAGCAAGCCCCGCACUUUGUGGACCGGCACCGGGAGGCCCUCAUUCAGCGGGUCACAGACGUGAACGGCGUGCUGGAUGCUCUGUACGGGAGCAUCCUGAGGGAGGAGCAGUACCAGGCAGUGCGGGCAGAGGCCACCAAUCCAGACAAGAUGAGGAAGCUCUUCAGCUUUGCUCCAGCCUGGAACCUGGCCUGCAAAGAUCGGUUCCUUCAGGCCUUGAGGGUCACCCAACCCUACUUGGUGGAAGACCUGGAAAGGAGCUGAGGCAGCAGCUGGAACUACCAGGGGUUGGACGUGCAGAAUGAGUGAUUUUUUAAAUAAAAAGUCAGCUUGUA